UGACAGACAAACCAAGCAAAACACUGAAGUGAUAAACUGCGCUGAGGAGACUUUACAAGACCAUUUAGAAGUGUACUGACACUCUGCAGUUUUUAUAUUUGGACAUAGUUUAACUUGAGCUUUCGGAGGACUAACAGACACAGUGAUGAUGGAUCUUGAGAGUCAGUUUCUUGAAAAAGAAGCGCUGCUCUUACCACAGGUGAUGGUGUCGAGGAGGAAGGCCGGCUCUUCUAAGUCAGGCGUCUGGCGGGUGUGUGGGGUGCUGCUGACUGUGGCCCUGUGCGCCGCCGCUGCGGUCUGCUUCACGCUCAACAAGUCUCAGAACAAUCAGGAAGGUGGAAACGAGCUCAGGCUCACGUUAAGAGAUCAUCUUUCAAAAGAAAAUGUCACUUCCAAGGUUGCCAUCCAUUUAACAGGUGCAUAUGACCCUGACGUGUGUAAGGAUAGCCUAGAUUGGAAACAGAACCAGGACCAGGGUUUCGUUUCAGGCGGCUUGGAAUUGGUGAACAGAGAGAUCAUCAUUCCUAACGAUGGCAUUUACUUCGUCUACAGUCAGGUGUCUUUCCACAUCAGCUGCAAGAAUGACAUACCUGAGGACCACAACGUUGUGUAUAUGAGCCAUGCGGUGUGGCGCUACUCCGAGUCCUACGGCAGCUCCAAGCCGCUUUUCAGCGCGAUCCGCUCCGCCUGUGUGCACGCGUCUGGCACCGAAGAUCUGUUGUACGACACCAUUUACCUCGGUGCGGCCUUCAAACUGCGAGCUGGAGACAAACUACACACCAAAACCACCACAAAACUCCUGCCCCGCGUCGAAGAAGGAAACGGAAAAACCUUCUUUGGGGUGUUUGCUUUAUGAUAUGCGCUCUAAAAAUCCGGAAAAAUAGGACACAAUUUACUGUACCUAUUUAUAUGAAGGAACUUUCCGUUUUUAUUUAUUUAUUUUUUACAGGUGUUUUACCAGUAUUUUGCACUGCAUUGCGUUGUGUUUUAUACUUGUACGUAAAAUUAAUGGAUAAUGUCCUGGCAGAAAAUUACUAUACUAUAUUACUAUAGUACAUUUUCCAUUAUGUUUACAGUGUAGCUGGACAUCAAGCAAAAAGUAAGCAAAGAAUGGAAACCUGUGGGAAGGAAAGCAGUAUGCUGAACUUCCAAUGCAAUGACACUGGUAAGACUGAAAUGACCCCUAGUUGAUGUUUUAUAUUAAAACGGGUCAAAAUCUAUAACUCUUAUGGAUCAGAUAUCAGUGGGGGAAAUCAUGGGCAUUUUCAGCUUGCAUCCACGAAUGCUGAAUUAAAGCAAUCCAAGUUAUUUUUUAUACUUUAAAAAAAAAAAUUUUUUAUACAUUAUAUAACAUGUAAUUCUAAUGUGUAUUUAUGCCUAUUUAUUUAACUAUUUAUUUAACUAUUUAUUAAAAGAAUGAAAAACAACU